ACUUGGAGCCCAUCCCGGCACGCAGUGCUUGCCGCGAGUCCCUGACGUCCCCUCCAGCACGCUCGUAGAGCCACUUUCCCGAGCGGAAGUCAGCCUGCGGCUCGGGCUCCGGUGGGACCUGCUGGGAGCAAUGGCGCCGCCGGGUUCAAGCGCUGUGUUGCUGCUGGUCCUGACAGUCGUGGCUGGCAGCCAGGCUCUGACGCCCACACACUACCUCACCAAGCAUGAUGUGGAGAGACUGAAAGCCUCGCUGGACCGCCCUUUCACAGACCUGCAGUCCGCCUUUUACUCCAUCGUGGGUCUCAGCAGCCUUGGUGCCCAAGUGCCAGAUGUCAAGAAAGCGUGUGCCUUCAUCAAAUCUAACCUUGACCCCAGCAACGUGGAUUCCCUGUUCUACGCCUCCCAGUCCAGCCAGGUCCUCUCAGGGUGUGAGAUCUCUGUUUCCAAUGAAACCAAAGACCUGCUUCUGGCGACUGUCAGCGAAGACUCUUCCGUGGCCCAGAUCUACCAUGCAGUGGCCGCCCUGAGUGGCUUUGGCCUUCCUGUGGCGUCCCAGGAAGCACUCGGGGCCCUUACUGCUCGUCUUUCCAAGGAGGAGACUGUCCUGGCAACAAUCCAGGCCUUGCAGACAGCAUCCCACCUGUCCCAGCAGGCUGAUCUGAGGAGCAUCGUGGAGGAGAUCGAGGACCUCGUUGCUCGCCUGGAUGAGCUGGGGGGCGUGUAUCUCCAGUUUGAAGAAGGCCUGGAAACAACAGCGUUAUUUGUGGCUGCCACCUACAGACUCAUGGACCAUGUGGGGACUGAACCGUCCAUCAAGGAGGACCAGGUCAUCCAGCUGAUGAACACCAUCUUCAGCAAGAAGAACUUCGACUCGCUCUCAGAAGCCUUCAGCGUGGCCUCUGCUGCCGCCGCCCUCUCCCAGAACCGCUACCACGUGCCAGUGGUAGUUGUGUCUGAGGGCCCUGGUUCCGACGCUCACGAGCAGGCCAUCCUGCGGUUGCAAGUCUCCAAUGUUCUGUCGCAGCCUCUGACUCAGGCCACUGUGAAAUUAGAACAUGCUAAAUCUGUUGCUUCCAGAGCCACUGUCCUCCAAAAGACAACUUUCACGCCUGUCGGGGAUGUGUUUGAACUAAACUUCAUGAAUGUCAAAUUUUCCAGUGGCUAUUAUGACUUCUCUGUCAAAGUUGAAGGUGACAACCGUUACAUUGCCAAUGCUGUAGAGCUCAGAGUCAAGAUCUCCACUGAAGUUGGCAUCACAAAUGUCGAUCUUUCCACGGUGGAUAAGGAUCAGAGUAUUGCACCCAAAACCACCCGGGUGACCUACCCAGCCAAGGCCAAGGGUACCUUCAUCGCGGACAGCCACCAGAACUUCGCCUUGUUCUUCCAGCUGGUGGACGUGAACACUGGCGCCGAGCUCACCCCACACCAGACUUUCGUCCGACUCCAUAACCAGAAGACGGGCCAAGAAGUGGUGUUUGUGGCUGAGCCAGACAGCAAGAACGUGUACAGAUUUGAACUGGACACCUCUGAAAGAAAGAUUGAAUUUGACUCUGCCUCUGGCACCUACACUCUCUACUUGAUCAUCGGAGAUGCCACUCUGAAGAACCCGAUCCUCUGGAAUGUGGCUGAUGUGGUCAUCAAGUUCCCUGAGGAGGAAGCUCCAUGGACUGUUCUGUCCCACAACCUUUUCACCCCAAAACAGGAAAUCCAGCACCUGUUCCGUGAGCCGGAGAAGAGGCCGCCCACCGUGGUGUCCAACACGUUCACAGCCCUGAUCCUCUCGCCCUUGCUGCUGCUCUUUGCCCUGUGGAUUCGGAUUGGUGCCAACAUCUCCAACUUCACCUUUGCUCCUAGCACGAUUAUCUUUCACCUGGGACAUGCUGCUAUGCUGGGACUCAUGUAUGUCUACUGGACUCAGCUCAACAUGUUUCAGACCCUGAAAUACCUGGCCAUCUUGGGCAGCGUGACGUUCCUGGCUGGCAAUCGGAUGCUGGCCCAGCAGGCAGUCAAGAGGAUCGCUGCAGAGCAGAGCAGUAGAUUGGCAAAAUAUAGGACACUACGAACAGCGCAUUAGUUCCAGAAAAAGGAUGGAAAUUACAAAAACUGAAGUGAAUGUUGAGAAACGGAGUCGAGAGCAAUUCACAGUGUGUAAAGAGGAAUGCAAACCCUUUAUUUAAAGAGAGACACGUGGAGACUGUGGUUAUACUUGUGCUUGUUGUUUUUCAGUUUUCCCCAGCACAGAGCAGAUACCUGUGAGCCCAGAUAGUCGGUUUCUUUGGCAUGACGCCCUAGCAGGAUGCUGUGAAUAUUCCUCACUUCCCAGAUGUUGCAUUUGAAAGCCGAAAUGUGUCAUUAACUGUUUUGGAAUAAAGAGAAAGAUAAUGGGA